AUGGGGGGUGGAGGUUGUGGGUGUUUGAUAGGUGAUGGAGGUGAAGGGGGGGGUGGGGGGGGGGGUUAUGGGGGGUGGGUGUGGGUGGGGUGGGGUUUUGUUGGGUGGGUGGGAGGUGUGGGGGUGUUGGGUGGGGGGGUGGGGGGUGGGGGGUUGGGGUUGUGGGGGGUGGUGGUUGUGUUUGGGUGUUUGUUGGGGGUUGGGUGGUGGGGGUGUGUGGUUGGGGGGGUGGGUUGGGUGUGUGGGUGGUGGUGUGGGGGGGUGGUGGUGGGGUGUGUUGAGGUGGGGGUGUGUGGGUGGGGGGUGGUGGGGGGGUGGGGUUGUGUGGGGGGUGUGGUGGGGGGUGUGUGGGGGGGUGUUGGUUUGGGGGGUGUUUUAGUGGGUUGGGGGGGGGGGGGGGGGGGGGGGGGGUUGGUUGGGGGGUGGGUUGUGUGUGGGGGGGUUUGUGGGGGGGGGGGGUGGGUGGGGUUGGGGGGGGGGGGGUUGGGGGGGGUUUGGUGGGGUGGGGUGUUGGGGUGGGGUUUGUUUUUUGUGGGUGGGUGGUUGGGUGGGGGGGUGGGGGUUGGGGGGGGUGGGGGGGUUUGUGUGUUUUUUUUUGUUUUGGGGGGGGGGGGGGGGGGGGGUGGGGGGUGGGGGGUGUGGGGGGUGGGUUUGUUGGGUGGGGGUGUUUUUUGUUUGUUGGGGGUUGGUGGGUGGGGGGGGUGGGUUGUGGGGGGGGUGGGGGGGGGGGUGUUGGGGGGGUGGGGUGUUUGGGGUGGUGGGUGGGGGAUGUGGUGGGGGGGGGUGGGGGGGUGGGGGGGGGUGGUGGGGUUGUGUUGUGGGUGGGUGUUUGUGGGGUGGGGGUGGGGGGGUGGGUAUUGUUUUUUGUGGGGGGGGGGGGGGGGGGGGGGGGUUUGGGGUGGUGGGUGGGGGGGUGUGUUUAUAAUAGGGUGGUUUGGUGGGGAUUUGGGGGGGGAAAGUAAGUAUUGGGGGGGGUGGGUUUGUGGGUUGUUUUUGGUUUGUUUGGUGGGGGGUUGGGGGGUGGGUGGGGGAUGUGUGAGUUUUGGGGGGUGGUUUGGUGUGUGUGGGGGGGGGUGUGUGGGGGGGUGUGGGGGGUUGGGGUGGUGGGGGGGGGGUUGA